AGGAAAGACAACAAUACCAAUGUUUUUUCAGCUUAUUUUUCUCAAUUGUAGUAUUUAUAUUUAUAUCAUUGGUAUACUAAAGAAACUUGACUCCCUGUCAGACAGGUUUCAACAUAGAAGAGAUUCUAAGAAAGUACAUUAGGUAUGCUUUGAAUGAAAAACCUUUCAACCUUGACUUGGUUGUGAACCUUAUACAUCUAAGAAAAUCAUCAAUGUUGGAAGAUGCUCAAGUUGCAGAAAUAUUGAAUGAGGUUUCAAGGCGAAUUGUCAAAGAGAAAGGUAUAACAUUCCCUUAGCCAAUUUGUAUCUAUUCAUUUCUAUUCCAAGUAUGCAUCUUUUAGGUAACUAGUUUAAGUGAUAAUGGGCUCCAAGUUCAAGUGCCAAGUCUCUUUAUUAAGGUCAUGGUUCAAGUUGCAGAAAUAUUGAAUGAGGUUUCAAGGCGAAUUGUCAAAGAGAAAGGUAUAACAUUCCCUUAGCCAAUUUGUAUCUAUUCAUUUCUAUUCCAAGUAUGCAUCUUUUAGGUAACUAGUUUAAGUGAUAAUGGGCUCCAAGUUCAAGUGCCAAGUCUCUUUAUUAAGGUCAUGGUUCAAGUUGCAGAAAUAUUGAAUGAGGUUUCAAGGCGAAUUGUCAAAGAGAAAGGUUAUUCAUAAAAAGCAAAAAAAAAUGAACGAUGCAUUAUAAAUAUCAUCACAGACUGUCUCACAAGGGUUACAUCGGGUUAGAGGCUGAAUUGAGGGAGAAAAAAUUAAUUGCUGAAAAUGAGGAAGUUGAUAGAUCGAUAUUUUGGCGUAAAGCCCGCGAGGACAAAUCUAGAAACAUAAUAUGCGGCGUGGGUGAAGAAGGCAGUAAAUUGUCACAAUAUAUUGCUACUCAGUUGAGAGCAUCGAACAGAGAUAGCAUCUACUUCAUCCCAUAUAACACUGGGUACCAUUGGAUCUUGACUAUAAUUAAUGAAGAUAAGAAUAUGAUAUAUUUAUUGGACUCUUUAAGUAACAGGAACCAAGACUAUGGUUGGUAAACUAUUGUGACCAAGUAGUAGAUUAUACUCAUUUUGAAUGUAUUCAAUUCAUUAUAGGUUGUAAAAAUAAUUUUCUAUUAUUUACAAUGUAGUGGGGUCAAGAUAUAUAAU